GCACCACCACCACCACCACCACCACCCAAUGUCAGCACUCACGGUAGAUACAUUCAAACAGAUAAUACAAGAGAGACUACAGGCAGAGCUCGUCACCGUGGAAGACAUGUCUGGAGGAUGUGGACAGGCAUUUGCCGUGAUUAUCGUGUCGCCUUUAUUCCAGGGCAAGAACAAAUUAAUGAGACAUCGAUUGGUGAACAACGCCUUGAAGGAAGAAAUAGCGGGGAUCCAUGCGUUUACCCAGAAGGGCUUCACUCCUGACGAAUGGGCUGCCCAAGGCGGGAAAGUAUAGUUAUGUGUUUUAUAGAGGUCUAUACACUUUAAUACAAAGUUCUAUAAAUUAUUGCGUUUGUAGGAUUUUGCGUAUUUGAAAAUAAUCAAUGCCCAUAUGACGAGCAACACCGCAAAGAGGACAAUGACAAUGAGUGGAAGAAUGGAUAACCCUGCAUCGCUGGAUUCGGCAAUUAGUCCAGUGAGGAAUGGGAUUCCAGCCGCACCACCACCGCCAAACGCACAUAUGAACCCGAUCCCAACCACUUGAUAGCUUGCUGGCAAGAUAUUUACCGCUGCUAUGAUUGUCGUAGGGAAUAUUGGCCCAACCACUACACCAGUAACGAAUACAACUCCGAAUAACAACCAGUUUAUUUUCGUGAAGGAAAAUAACCAGAAGAGUGUGUAUCCUGCAAAUGAAAGGACAGUGUAUGUCAAAUUGGCAGCUAGUUCAGUAGUAAAAUAGUGGGCGGUGACAAACCCAAGGACCAUUCUACCGAUAGUUAAACCUGACCAGAACGUGGUAGACAUAUGCGCUGAAGAUUUAUAAGCCCAAUGUUUGAUACGGAUGAGGUAGGUGACUAGCCAUGCCCC